AAAGCAAUGAGUCUCACGAGCCGGCCCUAGGCGGCCAUCCCCAACCCUUUUCAAGAUCCGAUUUUGGAAGAUGAAGACAUUCUCUAUGGAAUGAAAGAUCGGAUCAAAGGUUUUUCUAUGCUUUCGCCCUUUUUCAAUUUCUAUUUUCAAGGAAUUUGGUCCGGCUUCUUCAUUGGCCGAGAAUUUUGUCCGCUUCAUGUGAGCGUGUGGUAUGUUAUUCUCCAUUUCUCCUAGCAAUGUCUAGAGCCUGUGCAUUUGUAAUCGGUGUUAUCGAUUUGGUGAAGCUUUUUCAACCUUGUUGUUCUGAUGUUUCAAAUACUCGCCCACCACCUGAACCACCGCCUCACUGUGGGAGGAAGAAGAUGAUCAAGCGAAUCUCCUUUUCGGUGGCUGGUCAAACCGAUGCUUCAAGAAAUUUCUACUCGACUGAUUUCCCUUUGUUGGUUGCUGGUCAAACCAAUUCUCCCUUUCCGGUGGCUGGUGAAGCCGAAUCUUUUAGUUGUAAUUUUUUAAUUUCUCUUUGGAGUAGCAAGAAGAUCAGCAAGGCUGUUACACUAGACUACAUUAUUGUGGGGUUAGCGAUCUGGAAGGAUUCAUUGAAUCUGUUCCGUUCUAUGUCUCAUCCCAUUGUAGCCUCAGACUAUUCAUUCUCUUGUAUUUUUGCUAUUGCUUAAUAAUAAAUUAGUUAUUUGAUUUUAAAAAAAACAUGAAAAAUGAGAACUAAUCUCA